AUGACAGUCCAAGAGCUCCAGUCCAAACAACAAAGCAAAGAGGAUGUGUUGGAUCGUCCCAUUCUCAUUACGAACGCCAUGGAUCCGUCCAUCUGCGAAGAAAUUUGCGAUAAGUGGAUGGAAACAGUGGGAGACGAACAGAUUACCGUACAACGGCAGCACGAUCACACAACCACACUCUACGACUGCACCGUUCAAGAAUCCUUGGACUGGAUCAUGCUAAAAUCCAAACCGGGUGAUGCCUUUUUUGCCUUUGUGGAAGGAUUGCUAGAUCAAGGACGACUACGACAAGGAGCACUUAAGGAUCGCCUCGUGGCGGCACGAGAAAACGUGUUUUCUCCUACUGACGGCGAAAAUUGGUUUGACUAUUUUCCCAAUCCACCCACCGACUGCAUCGUCUUGGCGGGAGAAGGGGCCACGUCCACGUUGCAUCGAGAUCCUUUCGAGUGGACCGGAACCAGUUUGUGUCUGGAAGGACGCAAACUAUGGCGUUUUCUGCAACCUCACGAGGCACCAGGACAUGUGCUGGAUCAUUUACAAUGGGACCAUUACUUGGAUUCCUACCGAUUAAACUCCAUGGCGUGGAAAAAAGGCGACAAUAACGGCGGCCACGACGACAGGAAGGACCACGACGAGGACGCAAUCACCAUUAGUGCUGGCUGGCAAAGCGACCUUUCUCUCUACAACGACAAUGAUGGUGACAGCUCUCCCCAUGCCGCCAAGACACGAUUCUCGGCACGACAGUUAGCCGAAAUGACAGAAUCACAGGCCGAGGAGUUUUUGCAAGACAUGGUUCGCUCCACCAACUAUCUGGCUCCUCACGACGAUAUUGGCAAGAUACUACGAGAGCAGCCGAGUCCUUCCGCCGUCGUUGCAGUCGUACAACAUCCAGGUGAAUUGCUCAUCAUUCCUCCCUAUUGGUAUCACCAAACCUAUGCACCCGAACCAAGUCUCGCCGUGGCAUCCCAACGAUGCGGGACGCGUCUAGAUGCUGCACGGGUCGUCAAUCACAUCUUGUCGCUCCAACAAGAACCAAAGCCGACAGCAACAGAUCCGUCUUGGCGGGAACAGCUAAUAGAGUCGUUAUUGAUGGGCAAGAAUAUCGAUCCCAAAACGACCGUGGACCAAAUAUUUCAGCACAUUGGAGCCACAACUUCAAGGCACAAGCAAUGA